AUGAGCGAUGACGACCGAGACGAGACCGCCAUCGCGAGGCUCAACGCUGAGGUGGCCGACCGCGCCGGUUCGCUCACGCUCAAAAACGCGGUCGUUGCCAUCGGGCGGGUCUUCGACUGCGAGGAGGACGCGCGGAGAGUCGUCGAAGCGUGCAUCGACGCCCCGGGCGACGACAAGGUCGUCGGCGGCGGCGAUGACGACGACGCCGGCCGCGUCUCCGCCGCGGGGGGAUCCGACGCGUCCACAGCUGGCGACGACGAUGACGACGACGACCAUUACGCCUACUCGGAUGAGGACGACUCCGACGCCGACGGCGCCAAAACCGGCGUCGACGCGUCAGUGCCCGGCGAGCUCAACUCCGACCAGCUCACCAGGCUCUACCAGAACAAGCGCAAGUGCGUGGAACGGGAGGAACGCCGCGUGGCGCAGAAGACGGCGAACGAGGGGGCAAACGGCGGGGCGGGCGAGGAGACGUGGGACAUGAAAGCCGCGGCUCGUAACCAGAUCUUCUCGAGCAAGGGCGCGUUCACCCGACUCUCCACGGAGCUGUUCGCGCUGCAGGAGCGGAUGGACCCGGAGCUCGCGGUGGACGCGGUGGACCACGACGUGUACGUGUGGGACGUCAAGUUCAUGGGAGGCUUCGAUCCCGGGUCGGGCUUGGCGGAGGAUCUCGAGACGUUGGAGGCUGUGAACGGGUACGGGUACGUUCAGCUGAGGCUGCACUUCAUGGCGGACCUGUACCCGUUCUACCCGCCUCGCGUCGAGCUCGUGCGGCCGAAGCUCGCGGGGAUCAUUCCCGGAGCGAUGACCGCGCACCCCAGGCUGCACCUGCGCAACUGGCAGCCCUUCAGGCCGAUCAAGUCAGUCGUCGAGCACCUCAGGGCUUUCCUCCAAAAAUUCGCGCGCGUGGACCUGGCGUCUGAGCUCAACGAGAUCGAACGUUUCCCCGACGGCGCCUACGUCGACAGCGUCUCGCGGCUGGAGCUCGCACUCGCCAGGCUCGCCGCGUGCGGAACCUCCUGCGGCGGGCCGCUGAUACCUUCCAGAUACAACGAGAUGUACGAAGAAGAGAUCCGGCUGGAGACGGAAUCUGGCGCCACGCGGCGCGGCUACGAGGAAGAGUUUGGUCGAGACGACGCGGACAUCGUCGACUUUGCGAGGGUCCUUCAGGACGGCGCGGGCGGCGCGGCGGGUGGUGUGGGCGGGAAAGACGGGAAAGGCGGGAAAGACGGGGGUGGGACCCCGGGGAGCCGCGACGGUAAGGGCGCGGGCCCGGGGCCGGGGUCGACGGGCAAGAUCAAGCUCAAGUCGUCGUCGGAGGCCAAGGCGGAUAAGCGAAAGGAGUACUGGGCCAAGGGCACCGGGUACGGGCACGACACCCCGCGAAGGGCCGGAAAGGACGACGGGGACGCCGGCAGCCAGACGUGGGACGCCGCCGCGGCGAGGGGCGCGCAGGCUGCGGAGGACCAGAGCGUGCUCACGCUGCUCGUCGAGGCUACUCGGUUCAUCGAGGCGUUGCCCCUGAACCCGUCGGGGAAACCGGGCAAAACGCGCAAGCGAGUGACGAACGCGGGGGACGACGCGGACGCCGCCCCGCCGACGCUCACGGACGCGGAGGCGUCGCGCGCGGACGUGCUCAUCCGCGCGUCCAGUCUCCCGCAGUUCCUCGCCAGGGAGCUCAAGAACUGCUCCUUCAUGAACAUGACGGCGAGGUCCGCGUAUUACUCGUCGCUGAUGCGAACCGCCAGGGCGCUCGCCGAGUCGCGGUGCGCCGACUGUUUGCUCAUCGACGGCGCCGCCGGGCAGGGGCACGCGUCCGCCCUCGUCAAAACCCUCGAGGACGCCGCCGUGCAGGCGAAGAUUUACCUCAAGUCCGUCGACGAGUGCGAAGUCGCGGCGCUGGCGACGGCGACGGCGUCGCUGCCUUCCCCCUCCAAGGAAUCCCUCGGAACCCUAGGAUCCAACGACGAGUCCGGACCAAACACCGCCCGCCACGGGCUCAAGUCCCCCGUCAUGGCCAAACCCGGGGGCGUCAGGUCCCCGGUCGCGUCGUCCUUACUCAACGUCGCCGAGAAGGAGGAGAGGAGGCGCGCGAAGCAGCGGGAGGCUAUCGCGUCGGAGGUUGCGCUCGCGCGUUUGAUCCUCGACGCGGGCGAGUCCGUCUCGGCGGCGGCGCACGCGCUGGGGUUCGCGUCCGGGGCUUCCGGGGGCGGCGGGGGCGGCGAAGGCGGGGUCUCCACGCGGGGCAAGGGGAAGGGUAAGGGCAAGGGGAAGAAGGGCGGCGGCGGCGGCGGCGGCGAGGGGGACGACGACGCCGCCGCCGAGGAGGAAGCGUACCAAUCCGCGUUGAGGCCCUUCACGUACGACUCGGCCGAGCUCUUGGCCGCCGGGCACGCGUACGCCGGCGAGGCGCGGGUGGACCUCCGAUCCGGUCCGCACAUAUCCCGAGUCGCGAAGGAGAUUGCCGGGUUGGCCGGCGGAGCGCUGCCGCUGAAUCGGAGCUCAUCCGCGUUUGUCCGAGUGGACGACGCCAAGUCGGUCAUCUGGUCCAUCAUGAUAACUGGUCCGGAGGACACGCCCUACGACGGCGGGUGCUUCGUGUUCGACGCGUUCUUCCCGAGCGGGUACCCGACGCACGCGCCCAAGAUUCAGUUCAAGACGACCGGCGGCGGUCGGUGGCGAGCCAACCCGAACCUGUACAAGGACGGCAAGGUGUGCCUCUCGCUGCUCGGGACUUGGCAGGGCGGGAAAGGCGAGACGUGGGACCCCGCGGUGUCCACGAUGCUGCAAGUCAUCGUGUCGAUCCAGUCCUUAAUCCUGUGCCCCAGGCCGUACUUCAACGAGCCCGGGUUCGAGAGGCUCAUCGGCACCCCCGAGGGGAGGAGCAAGAGUGACCAAUACGACGCCGCCGUCGUGGAGAACACGCUGCGGUGGGCGAUGAUCGAGUCGCUUAAAAAGCCGCACCCGGCGUUCAAGGACGUCAUCAUGGCGCACUUUCGGCUGCGAAAGGGUCACCUGCUGGGUCCCGUCAGGGCUCGGUGGACCGAGGGCGCGACGGGGGAGCUCGCGCGGGUAGCGAAGCAAAUCCGCGAGGACGCCAUGGCGGACGACGACGUGAGGAAGUUUGAUCCCGAUAGGACGGUGCUGGCGCGGGGGCUGCCCCUCGCGACGUCCACCGCCAAGUCGGUGACGAGCAUGUUCACCACAGCCGGCAAGGUUUCCCGCGUCGCCGUCGGCAGCGAGGAGCAGCGCGACAAGGGUACCUUCGCGGUCGCCGCGAUCGAGUUCGCGACGCCACCGAACAAGUCGCUGCUCGACAGCAUGGAGGGCAUGGACGUUCCCGGCGGCCACCCCGCGGGGCUCAAGUUUAUCGACUGGGACGUCAAGAAGCACUUCAAGCUCUUCGGCAAGAAGCAGAGGGGCGCGGUGGCGGAGGCGGGCAGAGCAGCAGCCAAGGUGGAACUCGCGGCGGGAUCGUCCGAGCCCGAGGAUCAGCAGAGGGGCGACGCCACGGGAUGGGCGGCGGUGGAUCCCGAGCCCGAACCCGACGUUCCCGUCUCCGUGCGUCUCGCGAGGGAGGAGGAGGAGCGUAAGAAGGAGGAGGAGGAGCGUAAGAAGGAGGAGGAGGAGCGAGCCGCACAGCUGGCGGCGGCUCAGGCGGACGCGGAGGACGACCUCAUCUCGUUGGGCGGGGACGAGAGCGACCACUUCGACGAGGACGGCGAUAAAUCGCGGUCCGACACCCCCGAGCCGCGGGACGACGACGACGACGACGACGACGUUCGGCACGUCGAGCCGGAAGGUCACCGACGGCGCGACGACGACGACGACGACGACGACGACGACAAGGAGGAUCGAAGGCCGAGCAACAAACGCGUCGCCUCUCGAAGCAGGAGCGCCAGCCGCGAUAGGCCGCCGCCCCAAAACGCCCGCCGGUUCAGCAACGGCGGAGACUGGAACAACGCGCCGCCCUCAGGUCCGCACGGUCCGCACGGGCGGGGGAUGGAGCCGAUGCGGCGCGGUCGGUCGCCGCCGCCGCAGAGGGAAUUCCGCGAUCGCAGAGAUUCUCGAGGCGCACCGCCGACGCACGGAGGCCGCCACUCCGGCUGGGACGACCGCGGCGGGCGCGGGGGACCUCAACCGCGCGGGUACCCUCCGCGCUCGCCUCCUCGCGAUUUCCGCGACGGCAGGCGCGGCGGUCCCCCUCCCGGCAGAGGCGAAUGGGACAGGGGUAUGGACAGGGACAGGGGUAUGGACAGGGACAGGGGUAUGGACAGGGACAGGGAUAGGUUCGAACUCCCCGAUCGCGCGCGCCCCCUCCCGCGAUCGCCCGCGCGGGCCCCCCCGCCCCUCGACCUCAACGCCACCGCCACGCUGGAGGAGGCCACGACGGUGUUCCUCUCGCGAUCGCGCAUCCACCAGCUGUGCUGCGUCGGCGUGGACGGGCCGGGCACCGGCUCGGGCAAGGACGUCGACCGAGCCCUCGACGCCCUUCGCGCGGCGCGCGGCGCCAUCGUCAGGGUCGGCGUCGGCGGCGGCAGGUACCAGGUGGGCGAGCUCGCCGGCGGCGCGCUCGCCCCGCUCGCCGACGCAGACGCCGAGACGGGCCCGACGCACCCGGUGCUGCGACUCAUCGACGAGCGAGACCAGGUGGCGGAGCGAGCGCACUCGCUCGGGGUCAUCUCCAACUCGGCACCGACGCGCGUGGAGUGGGACGCGUACGUCGCCGCGUGUCGAAACGGGGGUAUGCCCCCGCCCAGGGUCGGGGACGUCAACGCGGUGAGAGCGGCUCUGGACAGGGUUUUCCGCGUGGGCGAGCAGGUUGGUUUCGGCGCUUUCGCGAACAACCCUCGGGGUCGGUCGCCGCCGCCGAGGGAGCGCGGUCGGUCGCCGCCGCGUGAGCCCCUCGACCGCAGGAACCGGCACUCGCCGCCGAGGGAGUUUGGACGCGCGCCGGCGCCGCGAGGCCGGCGGGAUGGUGGUCCGCGUUCCCGCUCGCCGCCCCCGCGCGAUCGAGGGCCCGGACCCGGCGCGAUCCCGGAGUUCAACCACCGGGGCGCCGCCGCUCGCGAGCGCGACUCCGGCUGGGACAGGCGCGGGGGCGGACGCGGCGGCGAUCCAACCGCGAUGGCGCCGUUCGAUCGACCGCCCCGCCGCGACGGCAGCCGCGAUUUCGACCGUCCGCCGCGAGGGGACUCGCGCGAUCGAGGGCCCGGACCCGUCGAGCCCGCGCCCUUCCAACCGGGCGGCGAUCGGCGUCGCGCGCGGUCGCCCAGCCGCGACGCGCGCGGGGGUUCGCGCGACCGAUCGCCGUCCCGUUCCGUCCGCGCCAGGCUCGGGGGUUUCGCGGACGGACCGCCCGCCACGCUGGACCACGACCCGGCGGGCGCCGAGUGGCUGGUGGACACCCGCGGCAACAACGGACUCGUGGUGGGACCCGCGGGAUCGCAGGUGAAGAAGAUCGAGCACGCCACGUCCGCGAAGGUGAGCGCGGAGCGCGACGGGACGACCGUCGUCAUCGUCGGUCGCGUCCCCGACGUGGAGCGCGCGAGGGACAUGAUCGAGGAUCUGUUGGCGAAGAACGGCAUCGACUUUCGGGGGAAACCCGGCCGAGGCUUUCCGCUCGACCGCGGGGGACCGCGCGUCGUCGCCGACCGACCGCGGGACGGGGAACCGAACAACCCCGGCGGCGACCUCCGCGGGCUCCUCAAGCGCAAGUCUCUCGACGCGGACACGCCCGCGCCGAAGGCCAAGAAGGGGCCCGCGGCGGCGCAGGACCCGGCUUGGAUGGCUGAGGAGCUCGACAAGAUGAGGGCGCGCGCCGAAAGGUUCGGGCUUCCCGCGCCCACGAUGGACGACGUGCGAGCCAAACACGCGUCCGACGGCGACGACAAGGGCGACAAGGGCGACAAGGGCGACGCCUCGGCGGACGAGGAUCUCGUCCCCGUCGCCGAUAAGAUGAUGAUGUCGCGCGUCAUCGGCAAGAAGCGGCAGACGAUGGCCAUGCUGUGCAAAAUCGCCGACGUGAAGAUGUUCAUCGCGCAGAAGGAUAUGGCGGUUCGGGUCAAGUGCGCGGAUUCGAACCGUCGCGCGCACGCCGUCGCCCUCGUCCGCGCCGUCGUCAGCAACGAGAUCGGGACGAAGAUCACGUUUCAGAUUUUGAGCGCGGCGUUUGACGCCAUCGUCGCCGGCGAGCCCAUUCCGCCGCCGGACCCCGCCAACGAAAUCGCGGCCAAGUCCAAGGACGCCGCUAAGGGCGGCGUGUUGGCCAGGCUCCAGGGCGGCGUCGACGAGGACGAGGACGGGAACGACGACGACGACGGGAACGACGAUGGCGACGAGGGCGACGCGAAGGAUGUCGCCGCCGGCCGGUUCCGUCGGACGGUGGACACCCGCGGGCUCGUCGGCGUCAUCAUCGGGAAGAACGGGAGCACGAUCAAACGGCUGGAGAGGGUCACCCGGACCAAGAUGGAGGUGGACCAGGACACGAAGAGCGUGACGGUGCGUUCCAAGACGGAGAAGGCCGUGGAACGCGGGUGCGAGCUCGUGGAGACGGUGCUGGCGUCUUGCGAAAAGUCCAAGUCGGAGCGGACCGAGGGCCAGCGCGGUCCGUUGCUGAAGGAUAUACUCGCCGGCGCCAUCGCGAGGUGGAACGGCGAGAAGGGAGAGGCGCCGCCCGCCGAGGUAUCGCCCGAAGGUACCGAGGUUAAGGAGACGGUCGAGGCGCCGCCCGACGCCGCCGCUGAGGAUCCGGCCGGCGCGUCGGUGGAGAGCGACGAGGCCGAGAAGCCGGCCGAGGAAAACGCCGAGGAAAACGCCGAGGAAAACGCCGAGGAAAACGCCGAGGCAGACGCCAAGCAGGAGGAUACGCAGGAGGCGGAGGACGAGGAAAAGAAGCCCGCGACGCGGGGCGGUAGGGGGCGGGGCCGCGGCGCCGCGAAGGGAGGGAGGGGGCGAGGCCGCGGCAGGGGCAGAGGGAAGAAGUGA